AUGUUGUUCUUCUCGCGGGCACGGCAGCAACUGCACAAGUCAAAGGGUAGCAAUACCGUUGCCUCCUCGUAUGGUGUCGCGGCGCAGGCGGUGCUUCAGGACACCAGACAAGAUACAGACGCGGACCGCAAGAUUGUCGGGUUUGAGCUGGAUGCACCUGCUGCGAUGCACGCAAUGAUGGCGACCACGCGGAAACAGAGCUGCAACCGACCUCUUCGGCCAGGAUCAACUGAGCGCAUUACCGUAUCUCGGAUCUCGCCACGUUCUGUGGCUCUCGAACACCGCAGCAGGGACAGCACUGUCACAGGAAACGACUACUUGACUCGUUUACAAAGCGCGCUAAACGCGUGUGACACAUCGCAGUCGCUGCCGAGCCCCGAGCCGCAAGUUAGCUGGCAACAUCGACGGCCCGCUUCCAUGACGGCGGCAGCGCUACCCUGCCCGCGUCGACCGGAGGGCAGGGGCAGCGGCGGCCGCUGGCAAUCUGUGAGAAGUACUACACCCUCGCUGGGCGUCACCACGCUAGUGAAGGAAUGGGUAAAAGCGGUGGAAAAGAAGGCGACGGCGGCGGUACUGACGAAAGGGUCGACAGAGGUGUGCAUGGAGAAGUCGCUCCUCACCAUGCCCGCCUUCUGCAUGCCGCCGAGCCGUGCUGGCCAGCUGUCGACGGACUCGUGCGUAGCGCGGCUUCUUCAGAGCAAAUUCAGACCCGUCUCCGCUUCCUGGAUGCCUGACGAACCCUGCGCUGCAUCAGCGGGUAGGGACGUCGCAGAAGAGGCGGCGGCGCAGCCGCCGUGGCGGCACCGUCUGCUUGCCGAACCGAUUCAGAGCUAUCGCUUGCUGAAGGAUGCAGUGGUCUCUCCUGUCAAGCCGACACCUUCCUCGCUGGUCCCGGUCCUAGGCUCUGCGCGUAUUCGCCGUGAUAACUUGGAGCGGCUGCGCCACAGCUUCGAGCAUCAGCGCCUCAAGCUGCAGGGUGAACUGGAGGACAAGUUAGAGUGGCGCAAUCGAUGCCGCUCCGCUUUGCUGCGGCACAAUAGUGCAGAAGACAGAGCCGCUGUCGUGCCCGCCCACUCCCCCUCAACAGCGCCGUCGACGCCGCAAGGUGCCGGAGAGAGGGCGAUGCGCACACCGCUGCUUGCGGAGGUAUUCGGAGGCCCCUCUGGAUCCGCCGCGCGAUUGCAUCAGCUUGUCGAGUCCCCCCACCUGUAUUCGUUGAUGCUCGGUAGUAUCUGGUCUCAUGAGGCGGCUCGACAGGCGGUGCAGCAGGAGAAGAGUCGCCUCGUUGCGCUGCUCCAGUCCUUUGUGGUGACGUGCAGCGCCGCCGUGCUGACCCUUGCUGCCAUGGAGAAACUGCGCUCUGAGACAAUUCGACUCGUGUGGCACCCGGAGGAGAAUUCGGGUAGCCACCACGCCGCUCUCCUACAUCGCGAGCAGUUUUUGAAGUUCCUGUGGGGACGCUAUGAAGCGCAUACAAGUGGGCUGCUUGGGGCUGUGGACACAGUGCGUCCCAUUGACAUUAUCGAUGCGCUACCAUCACAGGCGGAGGCAUCUUUCGCCAGGUACGCCUACGAAGUCCUCCCUACUGCUGCCGAGUAG